GACAAUGGAAUUCCAUCAAGUUGUCAACAUCCUCACCUCUGCAUCUCUCGCCUCUGCAACGGCCACCAUCACAGGCACAGCAACUCUCCCUGAGCCAAUCCCUUCCCCUACCCCUAGCCCCCACUUGCCCCCACAGGCAGUGACGUUCCUUACAGUCGGCACUUUCGGACGGGUUGUCAGCUGGAUAGCAGUCGCACUCUACACACUCGCACUCCUCUGUUUCCUCUAUUCUACCCUUCACCGUCCGACUCACAAGCGUCUCCUGCCUAUCCUCCUCACCCUCAUCUCUAUCGUCUCACUUGCUGCCUAUUACUCCUAUGCGACUAACCUCGGCUUCGCAUUCCAGUUCCUCGGCACGCCGGACAAGCUCAUAGCAAGACAAGUGUUCUACGGUCGAUUCGUACAGUAUGCAGCUACGACCCCGCUGAUCCUUGUAACCCUGGGAUCGUUUGCGGGCUUGCAGGCGUACAGGAUCGUCCUCUUGGCUAUAACCGGGUUCGCUCUGGAAGUGUUUGGUGGGAUAGGGACAGCAGUGAUCCACAGCGGGUUCCAUCGAGGCCACCUACACACCCACCACGCAGCCUGGGGCUGGCUCCUCCUCUCUCUGCUCUCCUUCCUCUACCCCCUCCUCACGCUCUUCAUCCCCGCACGCACUAGCGUAGCCCAGCGCUCCCCCGCCCUCCUAAGGCCAUAUACGAUCCUCCUGUCGCUCGAACUCCUGUUCUUCGUUCCCUACCCGCUAUUCAUGCUCCUCGGCUCCUGGUUCAACCUCCUCGGCCCUAAAGCUGAGUUCCUAGCCAACACCCUGCUGGACAUUCUCACCAAGCCCGUCUUUGGCUGGGCGCUGCUCUUUGUGCUGUAUAGGCAUCCGGAGGGGGAGGUGCUGAUGACCCCUACUUGGGCGGGAGAGGCGGGGUAUGAGCCUGUACCGCAAGCGGUGGAGGGGGAGGAAGUGCAAGUGGCGGUUGCCCCGGCUGCUGCUGUUGAGGCGGCAGCGUGAAAGUAGGAUAGGAUAUAUAGUGACGAAAGGAAGGAAUGGAAUGGGAUUCGUGUAUGGAGUCUGCAAUUUGAUGAUCUCAGUCUAGGUCGCUCUUAUUUCUAUUAUGGCCUUAUCCAUUUUAGGUAGUCGGAGAUAAGAUACGCAGCUUGAAGGCGGAGAUACUUUCAAGAACUGAUACGAAGCGAAUUUCAC